UCCCCCGCGCCUCGGCUCCCGCAUCCCUCCAUCCAACCCUGUGCCGCAGCCGCAUCACCACCGCAGCCCAGGCAGAGCCCAGUCGGCCCAGGCCCCUGUCUCUGCCUGGCCUCGGCUCCCCGCCCCCAACCACGCACCUUACCGGCACAUCCCUGGGAGGUCUAGUCCGGUGCCCCCAGACCCCGGCCUCCAGCACAGAGGCAAGAGGCAGAGAGCAGCAGCGGAGGCGGGAGGACGAAGAAGGGGAGGAGGAGCCCGUCGCAGGAUGAAGGAUCGGACUCAGGAGCUGCGGAGUGCGAAAGACAGUGAUGAUGAAGAGGAGGUGGUCCAUGUGGACCGAGACCAUUUUAUGGAUGAGUUCUUUGAGCAGGUGGAAGAGAUCCGGGGCUGCAUCGAGAAACUGUCUGAGGACGUGGAGCAGGUGAAGAAACAGCACAGCGCCAUCCUUGCUGCCCCCAACCCAGAUGAGAAGACUAAACAGGAGCUGGAGGACCUCACGGCGGACAUCAAAAAGACGGCCAACAAGGUCCGGUCCAAGUUGAAAGCGAUCGAGCAAAGCAUUGAGCAGGAAGAGGGGCUGAACCGUUCCUCGGCGGACCUGCGCAUCCGCAAGACCCAGCACUCCACACUCUCGCGGAAGUUCGUGGAAGUAAUGACCGAGUAUAAUGCAACCCAGUCCAAGUACCGGGACCGCUGCAAGGACCGCAUCCAGCGGCAGCUGGAGAUCACUGGCAGGACGACCACCAAUGAAGAACUGGAAGACAUGUUGGAAAGCGGGAAGCUGGCCAUCUUCACGGACGACAUCAAAAUGGACUCGCAGAUGACAAAGCAAGCACUAAAUGAGAUCGAGACAAGGCACAACGAGAUCAUCAAACUGGAGACCAGCAUCCGAGAGCUGCACGACAUGUUCGUGGACAUGGCCAUGCUUGUGGAGAGCCAGGGCGAGAUGAUCGACCGCAUCGAGUACAACGUGGAACAUUCCGUGGACUAUGUGGAACGAGCCGUGUCCGACACCAAGAAAGCUGUGAAAUAUCAGAGCAAGGCGCGGAGGAAGAAAAUCAUGAUCAUCAUUUGCUGUGUGGUGCUGGGGGUGGUCUUGGCGUCAUCCAUUGGGGGGACCCUGGGCUUGUAGGCCCCUACCCUCUCUUCCCCUGGACCCUCCCCACACAUCGGGAGCAAUACCCCCACCUCCCUUUCACUCUUUUCCCUGCUCCAAGCUCACUCCCCAAAACGGACCCAGGCAGUUCCAGCCACUCUCCCGUCAUGCAGACCCUGGAGUUCCUGGCUCUCACCUUGCCAUGGCUCCCCCUCCACCUUGCCGCGCAUAGAUAGCAGCAGGCGUGAUCACACAUGCAUACCAACAUGCAUGCCGAGGGCACAUGCUCAAGGGCACCCCAGCGUGUGUGUGUGUGUGUGUGUGUACUUGUGUAGAUGUAUGUAGAUGCCCCGAACCUUUUCUUGCUGCCACCUUCAUCCUGUGUGGUCUCAACUUCCCUUUCUACCCGGUUGCUGUGCCCACGGUAGCCGAGUAUAACACAGCAGCCCCCCCGAAGCCCAACCUGUCCUCUGUGAAUAGACGUGUGUGUAGCACAAGUGUG